GCAGCAGCGACGCGAUCAGGAGCGAGCAGCUAAGGCUCGGGAGCGUUAGCGCCAGGGCGAGCUGGAGGCCAAGCGUGUCGAACGCAUUCUAUCGGGGACCCGUGCACCUUAUAUACUGAGUCCAGUACCCGAAACUGGACCGCCACGCACCAUAUCCGAUCGCGAGCGGGAUGCGCAACUACUAUCGCCAGGCAUAUGGCAAGAUACCCGAUGGUGCGCCUGGUCAGUUCAACGCAGAGCCUGAACCUACAGCAAUAGCAAAAGAGUCUUACAAAGAUAAAAUUUUGACAGCUAGCUUUUACGAUAGUUACCAACGAUUAUGGACCGCCGCCGCAUUUGCGACCCGCUUUCAUACCCUACAGGAUGUGGGAUGCUACAUAGGCCAUAUUGCCGAGGUAGCCGCCGCUGCUGCGGAACGUGCCAAGCAAUCACCCAUUAUCAAUGUUUCUUGUGUGUUUGCCGUUGGCGGCGGCAGUGGUGACGGUGGCAGCAACAGCAGCAGUACGCGAAAAUAUACCCACGAGCUGAUCAUGCAGCAACAGCAGCAGACACCUGUCGGUGUUGGCGCCAAUCCCAUGCACUAUUUUCUAUUUCCUAUCUGGACCUGGAUCCGUUGUUGGAGUACCACAAACAUGCUCAUCAGUAUGUAUGUGACCCGAACGGUCAAAACGGGCCGAACUCAUUUUUCACUAUAAUUAUUCUAAAUUGGUUUUGUGAACGUAUCAAUGUUAUUAUUAUUGUCGCCCAGUUAACGAAGCGAAAACACUAGUCGAAAGAAUUCCCAGUGCUAGAAAAUGCUGACUGAGCAGUGUUGAGCAGCACGGCACUUCGAGCGUUGCCAGACGCUGGCACAAUAUACAGAAUUCGUUGAGCUUUCCGCUCAGCAGUUUGCGUGUUUAUACUGG